UUCUUGUAUUCGGGAUGAACCGUCUUGCUGGCAAGCCUCAUGAGGGGGCGGAUGCUACCGCAAUGUCGUCACUUCCUCAACGACCUAAAUCAAUGGCAAUCAACGGCUUCACAAUCACCACUCAAACACUCCCAAUACUGAAAGCGGAACCCAUAGACAAGAUGACGAAGAAAUUAGGCAUCGCCCCUCCAGAAAUGAUUUUUGGUGACAAUUUUGUGGAGAUUGAGCAUAAAGACACUCCCUGGAAAAUCACAUUCAACGCAUUCGAUGCUUUAGAUCGAGUCGAUAAAUCUGGCGAGUCCAUGUUACAAGUCGCCUACUCGAAGCAAUGGCAAAGGAGCAGAAAUCAUGGCGGGAUCAAGGAGAUCGUCAAGCCCUUCGAUUGGUCUUACAGCACGGACUACACAGGGAGUCUUGCCCCUGGUAGUCGACCCUUUGAGGCAACGACUAAACAUAUACCAACUGAUCUUCUCAGGCGGCCAGAUCCAAUUCUGUUCUAUGAUGAUGUCAUUCUGUAUGAGGACGAAUUAGCUGACAAUGGGAUUUCCAUGUUCUCAUGUAAGAUACGAGUCAUGCCGGCCAGGCUCUUGUUGCUCGCCCGCUUCUUCUUAAGACUCGACAAUGUCCUGUUUCGCCUUAGGGAUACAAGGGUCUAUGUUGACUUUGAAACUGGAGAGAUCAUCCGAGAAUAUCAAUCCAAAGAGUGUGAUUAUGAAUCGGUGAGACAGGCUCUGGCCUUAACGAGGGACGAUGUCCCAGCUGCUAUGAGAGAUCCUAACAGGCUUUGUGACUUUAUCCCCCUUGUUGAGACACGUUUAGAAAGGACUGUCCUGAUGGUCUAAAGACCAUACCGGGCCGACUACAGAUUUAUUACUCUCUAAAUCUGCGUUUCUGGGACGAUGACUCGUGAUUUGUAUGUUUCCCUAGUUAUUGGGUACAGUCAGUGUUGAGGUAUAAUUAUUCAAGAAAUAAUGUGGUGAUAUCAUAUUAUGAUACUCUCCAUGGCCAGAUUGUUCACAAGUCUCUGAUUCCAAAUACAGCCGCAGCAAGAUAGUUCUUUUUAGCC